UUGUCGUCCACAAGGACAUACUACUGUAAACAUCCACACGUCACUGCCACGAUGCCAGAGCAAAGCACUCGCAUCGUUCACAUCAAUGAAAGGUGACGCGCUCCGCAGUGUUCCGCUGUCUGCGCGCGCUCCUGCCGCGCUGCCGCACAGCAAUCAGGUGGUGAAAUGUAGCCUAACUUACAGCCAGGCAGCCAGGCUCUGCUAAAUGCUAAUAUGGGACGACAAUGGAGAGGAAACGGUGUCUGGUGUCGACGAUAAACGCACCGACGCAGACUAGACCAGAUCCGCAGCAAUGAGCUCUUCCUUUCCGAAAUCUGAAUCCACGACCUCCUUACUGAAAUCGACGUCCUCGGCGGCGAGGAGACCAACACACCUCCCUGAACGCACCGCAGAGAGCCGGAGAAGUCAGCAUCACCAUCAGCAUCAGCACCAGCAUCACCACCGUCCCGCCGCAGUCCAGAGCAGCAGCAAAGCCGAGGAGUCCUUCUGGUCGGCCGAGUGCGACGUCAGCGCCCGGAGACCCCUAUGCCACCCGUCCCUCGUCGGCAGCCAGGACAGUAGUAACAAUGCAGCCACGCGUGGCAAGUGUAAGUCACACGCCCCUCACAGCCAAGUUUCCGACCCACCGGAGCCAAACGGCGAGGCGGACCGAGGUGUGAGGGAGCACUGCAGGUCAUCCAAGUCCACGCAUCGGCACCACCACCGCAGGAAGCACCACCGGGAGGACCGUCCGCCGGCGGCAGGAGCCGGACCACCCGAAUGUGAGCAUCCCCGUCGCUCCCACACGCACAGCCGCCCGGUCCCCAGCUUGCCCUCUGUUUCGGACAGCACCGACGACAGGGCUCCUCUCUGUGAGCCGAAGGACCAGAAAGGGGCCAAUGGAGGGGGUCAGGUCAGCAGUCCUUCCCCGUCCUCCUGCUCCCUCGUCCCACUGUCCAGCAGGUCCUCCCGGCGGUCCAGGAGGUCCAGCGCUGCUUCCUCUGCAUCCGAGAUCAACUUACGCACCAUCCUCAAUUCACUGUUUGGGCAGGACAGAGAGCUGAGGCCAGAGGAAAUGGAUGAGUUGCGGGACGCUUUCAAGGAGUUUGACAAGGACAAGGACGGUUUCAUAAGCUGCAAAGACCUUGGAAACUGUAUGAGGACCAUGGGAUACAUGCCCACUGAGAUGGAGCUCAUCGAGCUGAGUCAACAGAUAAACAUGAACUUGGGAGGUCAUGUUGAUUUUGAGGAUUUUGUUGAGUUGAUGGGCCCAAAACUUCUUGCUGAAACUGCAGACAUGAUUGGAAUAAAAGAGUUAAAGGAUGCAUUUAGAGAGUUUGACACAAAUGGAGAUGGAGCCAUUAGCACAGCUGAGCUAAGAGAUGCGAUGAGGAAGCUGUUGGGUCAACAGGUUGGUCUAAAGGAAGUUGAAGAUAUCCUGAGAGAUGUUGACUUGAAUGGUGACGGGCUUGUUGACUUUGAAGAGUUUGUGCGAAUGAUGUCUCGCUAAGAUCACGUAAAGAUCCGUCCUGAAUGUGAAGCUGUGUCCUUCUCUAUACCUAGACCAAGUACAACAGCAGACAUGCUAAGAUGACUGAGCCACCCAAAUCUGAAUGACACUGGAAUUCAAACUCCUUGAAUGUUAUGGAGCGACGAGUCACCUCAAAACCUUCGAUCAAUAAGUGUUCUUCCUGAAAAAGUCUCCAGUUCAACUGAGGCAGAAUUUGCUGUAGCCUAGCAGAUGAUUGUCCAACUUUUGAUUUUGCACUUUAAUUCUCACUAAAUAACUUCCUGCGUGGUUAGAUCGCUGGGGUCUUGUCUCGUCCCUACAUGAUAGAAAAUUGUCUCACAAAAUGUCGCCUUUGAUGUACAUCUGUGUCAGGAUGAGAGAGUAAAUAUAUGUCGAAAAGAUGUCAAAGAUCAGUGCACUGUCAAACACUUGUGUGUGUUAUAUUUUAGAAACUGUAAGUGGAUUGUCCUUUGUGUGACAUUGGUGCUCCUACCAGGAACCCAUGUGGCAAUAUAACACCUGUAUUGUACCUGUGUGACCAUCUGUGAUUCUUCACUGUGCCAGUCCAGUCCUAUAAAAGAGUCACUGUCUGACAGUAUGUGCAACUACAAAGCAAAUCUGUGAUACUAAUGAGAAAUAGAGCUGUGUAAUACAAUUCAGAUAUGUUAUCCGCUAUUGUCUUAUAUCAAGGAAGUUGAACUAGUAUUUUAGGAAAUGUACAUCUCUUUCAGAGCUAAGACCCAGAGAAACAAUGUGCUGGCCCACACUAGCCGCUUGCCCUGUAUAAGAUAAACAGCAAGAAUGACAUAUUUGAACUGUCUUUACAUUGAAUGUGAUUAUGUUGUACCUGUAAUGUAUGUCAAUGUCAAUAUGAAUGUAGUUGUGGUACAUUCCACACAUCUGUGUUGUCAAAGCAAUUUUUAUGCAUGCCAAAGAAAAUUUAUUAAAUUCAGUAUGCACAUUUGCAUUUUUGUCUAACAAAGUAAACAAAAUCGUUUACCAAAUUAACUGUAGAACAAUAAAAUGUGUUUACAUUUGA